AUGCUUACUUUGGUUUUGUUCUUCUUGCUCCAGAACAUUUUACCUCAGGAGCCCAGUUUCAUUCAUCCCAGGUGCUUCUGGAGAAUGAAGCAGAAUGAAGAGUAUGAUGGCGACUUAUUGACAUAUUAUACCUUCAUUAUUGACCCAAUAAAUAGAACAGAUGCUGUGGAGAAUUUGGAAGGCCAUUUGCAUGAAAAAACACCAAAAGAAAACUAUCGGUUUGUAUUGGCUUUAAUUUUUUCCGUGGAUGAAGUCAACAGGGACCCUGAUCUUUUACCAAAUAUGUCUUUACUAUUUGAAAUUUUGUCAAGGGGGUGUAAGACUAUACAACAAUAUCGCAGUUGCCUUCAAUAUUAUCAUACUCACCAUAUUCAAGAUACUGAUUAUAUGUAUCCUAAUUAUCACUGUAAGAAAUUGAAGACCUGUAUAGUUAUGAUUACAGGACCAAACUCGGUAGUAUCUUCUAUGGAUGGGAAAAUCAUGGACAGCUUCCUUCCUCAGCAGUUCCUUCAGCUUACCUAUGGACCCUUCCAUCCUACCCUGAGCGAUCAUGAACAAUUUCCUUUUCUGUAUCAAAUGGCCCCUGAGGACACAUCUCUACCUCUGGCCAUGGUCUCCCUCAUACUUCACUUCAGCUGGAACUGGAUUGGGCUGACCAUCUCAGACAAUGAUCAGGGUAUCCAAUUUUUCUCAUAUUUGAGAAAAGAGAUGGAAAAAAAUAUACUCUGCUUUGCCUUUGUGAACAUGAUUCCUCUCAACAUUCAUUUGUACAUGUCAAGAGCUGACGUGUAUUAUAACCAAAUCUUGACGUCUUCAUCAAAUGUUGUUAUCAUUUAUGGUGAAACAGAUAGUACUCUAUCUGUCAGCUUUAGAAUAUGGACAUCUCUAGGUUUACAGAGAAUCUGGGUCACCACCUCACAGUUCGAUGUCACUACAAGUAAGAGUGACUUCUUGCCUGAAUUGUUCCAUGGGACUCUGGCAUUUGCACACCACCAUGCUGAGAUUUCUGGUUUUAAAAAUUUUAUCCAGACAAAGAACCCUCUCAAAUACUCAGAUGAAUACCUGGCAGGGCUGGAGUGGAUGAAAUUUAACUGUGGGAUCUCAGCUUCUAUGUGUAAGACACUGAGGAACUGCUCAUCCAACAGCUCAUUGGAAUGACAGACAGCCGACAUGGCUUUUAGUGAUGACAGCUAUGACAUAUACAAUGCUGUGUAUACUAUGGCCCAUGUCUACCAUAAGAUGCUACUUCAGCCAAUGGGCAAUCAGGAAGUACACUUGCCUAACUGCCUAAAGGUGAUAUUUCUGUUUGAUGGAGCGUUCAUCAUGAGCUAUUGUGGCCAUGAUGAAAUAACAGUUAUGGCAAUUGAUGAUUCGGAUGUCAACCCACCUGAGAAAUGA